CCUUUGUUCUCUUUUAAUUUUUUAUUUAUUUAUUUUGUUUUGUUUUCUUUUUCUUUUUCUUUUUCAUGGCAAGAAUUUUUCUAAUGGUGGAUCCCAUGCCUCACCAAUUUUCUUUGUAGUUCCCGUCUACUUUUAACAUUCAAUUGAUCUUUAUCAAAGUCCACCGUAUGUUUAUCUCCAUCUUCUCUGUACUCUUCUUCUUCUUCUUCUUCUUCUUCUGAAUUUCUCUUUCUUUACCAUAACAAUUAAGCCAGUGGAUAUGGAGAAUCAUUGCAAGAAGAUAAGAUGCAACCUUGAGGAUGGUCCACCAACUACUGGAAUGGAACAUCUACCGCAAGAAAUCAUUCAUGAUAUUCUUUCCAGAUUACCCAUCUCCUCCUUAGUGCAAUUCAAGUGUGUUUGUCGUGCUUGGCGUGCCUUGGCUCAAGAUCCUAGACUUAUAAAUUUGUAUCUUUCUACCACUGCUCUAACCAACGAUCCUUGCCUAAUCCUUCACUGCGAUUUCCCCAUCAGAAACCAGCUUUACUUUGUUGAUUUCGCUGCUCCUGAAGAAGGGAAAGAAAAGGUGAAGCGAAUCCAUGCACCUUUUUGGCCUAUGAUGCCCGAGUUUGAUGUGGUAGGAUCUUGUAAUGGUUUACUUUGUUUAGCUGACUCGUUAUAUAAUGAUGCUCUUUAUAUAUACAAUCCUUUCACCAGGAACCAUAUAGAGCUGCCAAAAUCAUUGAAAUAUCCUGACCAAGAAGUUGUUUUCGGGUUCGGGUUCCAUCCCAAGACUCAGGAAUACAAGGUUGUUAAGAUUGUUUACUACAGGAACGGGCAUAGCGGCGGCUAUCCUCGUGCCACCAGAAGACAAUUCUAUCCGCAGUCAGAAGUUCAAAUCUUGACAGUAGGCAGCUGCGAAUGGCGAAGUCUAGGCAAGAUGUCAUAUCAGCUUGUUCGUCGUCAGUCGGAGGCCUUAGUUAAUGGAAGACUUCAUUGGGUUAGCCGGCCCCGAAGAUAUAACCCUGCUCGCCGCCUAGUCUCACUUGACUUGGUGGACGAGCAGUUCCGGGAAGUCCCAAAGCCAGACUGCGGCGGCCUAAGUAGAUGCAAUUAUCAUCUUGUGGUUUUAAAAGGGUGUCUUUCUGCGGCUGUGUACUGCAAUUAUGGAAGAUUAGAGAUUUGGACUAUGAAAGAGUAUAAUGUGAAGGAAUCCUGGGUGAAGCAAUACAUUGUUGGAACUCACAUGCCAAAAGGAUUGAAACAAAAUCUGGAAAGGCCUACAAAGAUUUGGAAGAAUGCUUCAAAUGGAAGAGUUGUUAGAAUUUUAGGUCUUCUGAAGAAUGGUGAGCUUUUGUUGGAGUAUAAAAGCAGAGUUCUUGUUACUUAUGACCCAAAUCUUGGAAAGUUUAAGGACCUUACAUUACAAGGCUUACCAAAAUGGUUUCAAAGUAUGGUUCAUGUAGGAAGCCUAAAUUGGAUUGAUAGUCCCACUGAUUCAUAGAAGUGGGGAGAUAUAAUUCUUCUUAUGUGAGUUUGCUUGCUCCUUAAUACUCAAAACAUAAUUCUGUUUCCUUGAGUUCAUUUUAUAUAGCCUCAUCAUCAUCAUCAUCAUCAAGUUACAUGCAGGCUUUACAUGCAGGCUUAAUCAAUCAAUUCCAUGUUUGUAUAUGUAGAUGAAAUCUAAUCAACUAGUAGAAUAAUUCAUUCUCUAUUGUUUAAUUAUUA